AUGCCGGACUUGGAAUCAACAUACAUCGAAGACCAUCCACGACCUGAGACGGCAGUGGCCAUUCCAAGUCAAGCUUCUCCAGCGCACUCUUGCCCACCAAAAAUCCAACAAUUACGUGAGGAAGACACUACAGUGUCGAGAGUCACCACAGUGUGGAUUGAAGACCCAGCAGGACAUAUAAAUCAAAGGAUCACAAGUGUAUCGGUUAGAUCCCCAAAGAGGACGGCUCCAGCGGACUUGGCAGGAGCCUCUUCAGAGCCUAGUUGGGCCCGACAGCUAAAAAUGCCAAAUAUUAUUCCUACCCACCAGGAUGCUAACUCUCUUCUGCCUCCCAAAAAUUCUGGCCCUCGUGAGUCGAUCGUGCCACAACCGGCUCGCAUUAGAGCAAAAGACUCCCCACAACCGGUGUGCACCAGAGCAAAAGACUCACCACACCAGGACGACAACUUUCAGCAAAGGAAAAUAACGGACUUCUUUAAGGGAGCGUCCUGGUCGCAUAAGAACCCCCCACAAGAAUUUAAAUGA